GGAGGAGGAGGAGGAAGAGAGGAGGCCGCGGCCAGUCGGGACAGGGGAGGGGGGUGAGGAGAGGCCCAGGCCGGCAGCUGCGCUCGGACUCCGCGGUGAUACUGGGAUCAACACCCUCUCCUUGAAAUUCUGUGCAUACCUGUAGUUGCUGUUAUUUCCUCUUCAAAUAACCAUGGCGGCUUCUGCCAGCUCCACUAGCGAAGAGGAGCGUAGCCUUCGUGAAUGUGAGCACUAUGUCCAAAAGCAUAACAUCCAGCCCCUCCUGAAGGAUUGCAUCGUCCAGCUAUGUACAGUGCGACCUGAGAGACCUAUGGGAUUCCUCCGGGAAUACUUUGAAAGACUGGAGAAGGAAGAAACAAAACAGUUCAUGAGUCAGCAGAAGGCAGGCUCUCGUACUGACUCACGUGAAGAUGAGAUUUCACCGCCACCACCAAUGAAUCCAGUUGUAAAGGGUCGCAGAAGGCGAGGUGCCAUCAGUGCAGAAGUUUACACAGAAGAGGAUGCUGCCUCCUAUGUUAGAAAGGUUAUUCCAAAAGAUUACAAAACUAUGGCUGCUUUGGCCAAAGCUAUUGAGAAGAAUGUGCUCUUUGCUCAUCUGGAUGACAAUGAAAGAAGUGACAUUUUUGAUGCCAUGUUUCCAGUUACUUAUAUUGCUGGUGAGACUGUGAUACAGCAAGGUGAUGAAGGGGAUAACUUCUAUGUAGUGGAUCAAGGAGAAAUGGAUGUCUACGUAAACAAUGAAUGGGCCACCAGCGUUGGAGAAGGGGGCAGCUUUGGAGAACUUGCACUGAUCUAUGGCACACCUAGAGCAGCAACAGUCAAAGCAAAAACGAAUGUGAAACUGUGGGGUAUUGAUAGAGAUAGUUACAGAAGAAUCCUCAUGGGUAGCACAUUGAGAAAGAGAAAGAUGUAUGAAGAAUUUCUAAGUAAAGUGUCAAUAUUGGAAUCCCUUGAUAAAUGGGAGCGUCUCACAGUAGCUGAUGCUUUAGAGCCAGUACAGUUUGAGGAUGGCCAGAAGAUUGUGGUGCAAGGAGAGCCGGGAGAUGAGUUCUUCAUUAUACUAGAGGGCACAGCUGCUGUGUUACAGCGCAGGUCAGAGAAUGAAGAAUUCGUUGAAGUGGGCAGGCUCGCACCUUCUGAUUAUUUUGGUGAAAUAGCUCUCUUGAUGAACCGUCCUCGUGCUGCCACCGUUGUUGCUCGUGGCCCGUUGAAAUGUGUAAAGCUCGACCGACCCCGAUUUGAGCGUGUCUUGGGUCCAUGCUCUGAUAUUCUCAAACGAAACAUCCAGCAGUACAACAGUUUCGUUUCACUGUCUGUUUGAAGCCUCCUUCCUUCUCAAAUACAUGCUUCACAAACGCAGACUGCUUCAUUACUCUUGUGCAGAGCCACAUGGCCACUGGCUAUUACAGCUUCCUGUCUGUUUGGGGGAGGAAAAAUUUUUUGCUCUUCAUGGCACCAUUUUAAAUUUUAGAACAUUAGUUUGGUGCUCCCAAUCCCAUUUAAAAUAAACAGAAAGUUAUAAGGAGAUCUUUGCUGUUACUGUUUCUCCCGGUACAAUGUACAGUGCCCCACACGGGCAGUGACUGCCAUUCCUUUUUGGUGGGGAUUUCUCCUGCCACCAAGGUUAUUGCCAUAGAGUAAGGAUGUAACAGUGGAAAAUUAAGAGGCAUACAUUUCUCACCUGGUGAAUCCUACAUUUCUUUUAAGUUGUGGUCAUUUUCUACUGUACUUACCUUAGAGACUUGCCCCCUCAGCUGAAGUGCUAGGAGUAAAUGUUCCGGUUACGGUUACCUUUGGUUUGGUUUGCUGAGAUCACCUCCUAGUAAAACCACAGUUAGAAGUUUUGAUAAUUCAGUGCUCCUGUACCAAUCUCAGUUGGUUCAAGACGUCUUGGUUAUUGUUAAUUUUUGUGUGUGUACAAGCUUUUGUCCUGGCAAAAAUGCUACCAGUGUUGCUGAUCUUUGCCACAUACAACCUUUUUUUUUUUUUUUUGCCUGUUCUCAGUUGUGAGUGUUCAUAUUUGCCCCUCUGAUUUUUGUGUUCGGAUUCUCAGAAGCUAACCCAUGGGUUCAAUACCUGGAUAUUGCUGUCAGUGUGUGCACUGGCAUAAGAGUUGCACUGGUCCCUAGUUAGUGCCAAAUAGUACACCCUCCUGUGCUGAAUGUAGAGCAGGAAUAUGAAGGGCACACCCUUUGUGUUUGCUUUUCUGUGUCUCCCUUUGAAGCUUCUUCUCUGGAACCUGAGAAAUAACUGGUUCUCUUCUCAUAGCAGGCAUUCAGUGCAGGAUAAAAUAUACCCAUCUCAGUUAGGAAGGUGACAAAACUCUGGUUCAAAGAAGGCAGAGGAUCAGUGUCCUAUUUCCGAUCAGACUCUGCGUUGUUGCUGAGAAUCUCUUCUUCACGUAGAAGUUUUAGUAACUUCUAGCCUUUCAAACAACAGAUGCAUUUUGGACGACAAAAAUUUUUCAUUUCAUUUUGCUUUGCCCAGAAUUCUCACAUUGACCUGACAGGUGCAAGAACUGUUUUUUGGAAAGCUAACCCUGUUGUCAAGUCUGAAAUGUGUUUCAGUAUUUACCAGGUUUGUGUUACAAUGUUCUGUGUGCACCCAGUGCUGCCCAUUAGCUUUAUAGAGUUUCACAGUUGGAUAAUGUAGGUGAUUGAGUUUCCUUAUAAAUGUAAAUUGUCUAAAACUAGAGUAGGGUUUCAUUUGGGAGUGACAGCAAGUGUUUUGCAUUAGUUAUGCAACUAUUUCUUAUGACUCCCACUCCCCUCAUAUUGUUUUUUCAGACAAUUGGACCUGGUAUACACUUUCUGACUUGUUGGCUGUUGGAAGAAUGUUUGCUAAUCAUAUUUAAAGUUUGACGAUUAGGAGCCUUACAGUAAGAAACUAUAGGAAGCUAUUGGUAUUGUCCACAUUUCUAGGCAAGGAUGAAAUGUAAAACGUACAUUGUGAAUUAAUUCUGUUUGUCCCGAAUACCUUAGCGAGGUGAGGAUUUCCUCCUGUACUCCUCAGGAGUCCAUAAAUGCUUUUUUUUCUUUAAAAUUUUACUCCGUUUGAAUAUAUCCAGGGAUUUUUUUUUCCUUCUACCUUUGUUACUUCUGAAUCUUGAUUCGAUCCUUGUUGAAGCACCAAAAAAGAUUUUAAAUCUAUGUAAGCUAGUUAGAGCGCCACAAAAUGCACAUUUUUUUAUAUAAGGCUUUCUAAUCAAGUUUCACUACUGCGUCUUUUUAGCUUGCUGUUUACUCCCUUUUGUAGUUUUACCGACAAGAUUUUAAGAUGAACCAGCUCUGUCUGAGUUAAAUAUUAAUCACAGUUAAAGCUUUACCUUUGUGUGCAAUUUAAACAUGUUUGAAUCUACAGUUGGUAUAGUUUGCCUUAGCUAACAUUCAGGGCUUUAGAGGUAAUCUUUCUUGCUAGGUCACCUUAGCAGAUUUUAAAAUCUACUGCCCUAGAGUGCUAUAGUCAACCAGAGGACCAUUUUUGUAUUGUUACCUGACUAUAAGUCUGACUUACUGUAUGUGCUAAUAUAUUCCUUUUGUUAUAGAUUGUCCUAAUGGCAGGUAAAGCAAUAAAAAUGAUUUAAAUUCUUAAA